UCGAUCUUUGUUCGAGAAAGGUAUUUUUGUUUGCUGCCGAAGAGGAGUGUAGACUGAAGGUUUUUCAGGUCUGACCGGAUUUUGGGUAAAAUGGGCAAGUCAAGGGAAUAUUYCUGUACUGUACAAGUUGGAGGACUCGAUCAAGAUUUUGAAUACAACAUCACAAAAAUGACCAAAGGUCAGACAAUGUUUGAUGAGCUAUGUAAACACAUCUCUCUGGUAGAAAAAGAGUACUUUAGCCUAAGAUACAUUGAUGAAAAAGAUGGUCAGUUCAAUUGGUUAGAGAUGGACAAAGGCAUCAUAAGUCAAAUGAGCAGAGCACCUUUGCAUUUUUAUUUUGCUGUAAAAUUCUACCCAGACAACCCUACAUUACUGAGGGAAGAUAUUACAAGGUAUCAGUUUGUUCUCCAACUCAGAGAGGAUCUACUGAARGGAAGGCUACAAUGCUCAAACCCAAUUCAUGCCUUGCUGGGGUCUUACAUUGUACAGGCUGAACUAGGGGAUUAUAAUGCAGAAGUGCAUGAUUACAGAUACCUCAAUGACUUUAAGUUCCUUUCCAAACAGAGGCAUGUCUCCAUCUGAUGCAGAAUUCCAGUACCUUGACAAUGUCCGUAAGCUUCCCUUAUAUGGACGAGACCUUCACCAGGCGUGGGAUGCUGAAGGACAGGCUGUUACUCUUGGGAUAUCAGCUUGGGGUGUAGAGGUGUUUCACAACAACAGACUAAUGCAGAGAUUUAUAUGGCCAAAGAUAAUAACCAUUUCAUUYAGAAGCAAGAAGUUCUCACUGACUCUACGUGCUCCUAGUGAGGAUGACACAUACAGUGCUACUAUAGUCAGUUUUCAGUUUAGUAGUAGACGUUCAUCUAAAAGACUCUGGAAAGUUUGUGUGGAACACCAUUCCUUCUUCAGACUCAAAACUCCUGCACCAAUCCAGAGCAGCUCAGGCUUCCUUAAACUGGGGUCAAAGUUUAGAUACAGUGGUCGCACGCAACAUCAAGCUCGUCACAAUGAACAAGUAACAUUGAGAGAGCAGCCAUCUUUUAACAGAGUCUCAAGCAAACGAUUCUCAGCUAAAAUCCUCGACAGUAAUCUUUCUUCAGAAGCCUUACUAGAGAAAGGAGAUAACAAUACCAGUACUUCAGCUACUUGUCUAAUUCAAUAACUUCCAUGCUGAUGGUCUUAACUCUU